GCCCGUAGUGGAGGGCAAGUUCAGCCCGGCUUUGCCUGUAGUGAGGGAAAAAUACUGCCACACAACUGUCAUACGGCUCACUAACCUGUGGUCGGAGCAAACAUACGUAAUGACAUCAGCGACUAGACAUGUUCCAUUGUAGCACUCUGUAAGAAGUUAGCGAUGUCAACCCUGUUCUAGAUCAGAAAGGCGAGAGAGAGAGAGAGAGUGAAAGGUUACAGCAUGACACACAGAAUGCACUGGCCAAAAUGCUCCUCUGACCAGCCACAGCAGAAACCCUACUUGGGGGUCCGAGUCAAAGACCCUGUCAAGGAACUACUCAAGAGGAAGCGUAAACACGUUGAAAACACGUUGAAAGGGUCAACGGCCAACACAGCCACCACAAUGGUUCUGCCUCACCUCUCAAUGGCAUCGUAUUCCCAAAUAGGGCAUUUCAACUUCGACGAAGCUCAGGGCAUUUCACCACCUGCAACGCAGUCUGAAGACGUAUCCUUCCACACUACAUGGUCACCUCACCCGGCCUCAGCUGGCCUUCAGCCGGUGUCCCAAUGGCCGCCCUGCCUGGAAUACCCCACUCACGAACCGGUCAACGCUCCGUACAUGCAGGACAUCUCCGGGCCACCUCUCUGCUCCACAUACACUGUAGUGGGAGCCCCCUCUGUGGGCUCCUACACACAGCCGCUGGUCAACAACUUUGGGAUGAACUGUCAGUUGAGAGCCCCCACGCCCACGGUCCUCCCACCAUUGGAGUUCACCGACCAGCCAUCGCCGUUGAGUUAUUUCUCCUGGAGCCAAACCUUCUCGUCUCUGCCGGCACCAACACCAACACCAACGCUGCCUUGCCACACCGCCUGCCCGCAGCCUGUACCAUCUCAGUUUGUGCCAAUGCCCCUUUCCGUCCCUGAGCCAGAGGUGAUGGAACUGGAAGCAGCCAGGCGGACCAUUGGCAACAUGCCCAUCGAAAAGCUGCUCCAACAAGACGAGGACAAUGACACGAUCCUUCAUAUCUACGCAGCGAAGGGUAUGCGGGAACAUGCCUACGCAGCAGCGGAACGCAUGAGGGAGCUGAGAAGACUUGAUACCAAAGAACACAGGGGAAAGACGCCUCUCUUGGUGGCUGUCGCAGCCAAUCAGCCGCUGAUUGUUCGGGAUCUGAUCAGAUUUGGGGCCGAUCUCAACUCAGUCAAUGACAGAGGUCAACAUCUCCUCCACCUGGCCGCCACUUACGGCUACUUGACCAUCCUCCAGAUUGUCGGAGCAACUGGCGGACUGGUGAAUGUGGAAGCACGAGAUUUUGAAGGCUUUACACCGCUGCACUGUGCCAUCAAUUCUCACAACACAGUGUAUCGGGAACUGUGCCACAGCCCUGCCCUGCUGCCUCAGAGACGGAGCGAGCUCCAGUACAAAGCUGGGCAACUGCAGGCCUGCAUUAGGUUAUUGAUUGAAAUGGGAGCCUUGGUCACCAGCCAGGACUUGAAGAGCAACAAGACCGCGAUCCACUUGUCCGUCCUGGAAGGGGACCUCGUGCUCCUGAGAUACUUCCUGGAUCUCGCCACUGCCAUCUCGCCCGAGUCCAUCAACAUGAAGGCGCACGGGAACACAGCUCUGCACAUGGCGGCCGGGCUCCGCAAUGAGCCGAACCAAGAGGGAAUAAUUCAGCUGCUUCUGUCCUACGGAGCUGAUCCUAGUGUCCGAAACCUGGAGAACGAGCAGCCCAUUCACCUGGUGCAUCAGGGAGAGCAAGGGAACCGGAUAAGACAAUUACUGAGAAAAGGCAGAGUCGCGUUGGCAUCAAGUGACCGAAACGCACUGCCCUAGAUAAGGAGCCAGAUUGUCGUCAGCCUCAAUAAACUUCCUCGUUGCCAGCUCUACUGAA